AUGGACCUCCUUGGUGAUCUCCUCGGACAAGGAAUUUUCAAUGUAGACGGUCACUCAUGGAGCUCGCAACGUAAACUCGCUAGCCACGAGUUCUCGACUUGUUCGCUAAGGUGUUUUGCUUUCGAUGUUCUUAGAGAAGAUGUUGAAACCCGUAUUGUACCUAUUCUAUCUACAACAGCUGAUGUUGGUACUACCAUGGACUUGCAAGAUGUUUUCAAACGUUUUGCUUUCGAUGUUGUUUGUAAAGUCUCGUUGGGUUGGGACCCGGAUUGUUUGGAUUUGACCCGACCCGUUAACCCACUUGCGGAGGCGUUUGAUACCGCGGCUGAGAUUAGUGCUCGCCGUGCCACGGAGUCUCUUUACGCUGUUUGGAAGGCGAAGCGUGUGUUGAACGUGGGAAACGAGAGGAGGUUGAGAGAAGCGAUCAGGACAGUACACGAGUUGGUUUUCGAGAUUGUCAGAGCUAAAAGGAAGAGUCUCGAGAUUGGGACCGGACAAGAAGCCAAACAAGAUCUUCUGUCAAGGUUUCUAGCAGCCGGACAAGACAGCGAAGCGGUGAGGGACAUGGUUAUUAGUUUCAUCAUGGUGGGAAGGGACCCAACAUCAGCGGCAAUGACGUGGCUGUUUUGGUUGUUAUCUGAAAACGAUGAUGUGGAAAAUAAGCUAUUACAGGAAGUGGAGCCGUUGAUAAGUUUAGGGCUAGGGUUUGAGGAACUGAAAGAGAUGAGUUACAAGAAGGCUUGUUUAUGUGAAGCCUUGAGGCUUUAUCCACCUGUGUCAUGGGACUCUAAGCAUGCUGCGAACGACGUUUUACCCGACGGGACUCGUGUCAAGAAAGGAGAUAAGGUGACUUAUUUCCCGUACGGAAUGGGGAGGAUGGAGAAUUUGUGGGGGGAGGACUGUGAGGAGUUUAAACCUAACCGAUGGUUUGAUUCUGAACCGGGGAUUACAGAACCGGUUUUAAAACCCGUUAGUCCUUUCAAGUUUCCGGUUUUUCAGGCAGGAACGAGGGUUUGUAUAGGGAAGGAGAUGGCGUUUAUGCAGAUGAAAUUUGUUGUUGGUUCUGUUUUGAGUCGGUUUGAGAUUAUACCGGUUAGUAAGCACAAACCAGUUUUUGUUCCUCUCUUGACGGCUCAUAUGGUUGGGGGACUCAAGUGGGGGAAUGACGGUGAGGAGUUUAAACCUAACCAAUGGUUUGAUUCUGAACCGGGGAUUAUGGAACCGGUUUUAAAACCCAUUAGGCCUUUCAAGUUUCCGGUUUUUCAGGCAGGACCGGUUUUAAAACCCAUUAGGCCUUUCAAGUUUCCGGUUUUUCAGGCAGGACCGAGGGUUUGUAUAGGGGAGGAGAUGGCAUUUAUGCAGAUGAAAUUUUUUGUUGGUUAUGUUUUGAGUCGGUUUGAAAUUAUACCGGUUAGUAAGCACAAACCAGUUUUUGUUCCUCUCUUGACGGCUCAUAUUGUUGGGGGACUCAAGGUGAAGAUCAAGAGAAGAGAAGUCAAGUGA